GCAAAAGGCUACUCGGGUUGUUAUUCAAAUGACAAUGAAUACUAUUAAAGCUAUUAAAAAUGCAGUAGUCUGCCUGGUCCUGCUGCCCCGUUUUCUGGUGGUAGCAGUCAUAUUGUGGCUACUUGACUUUUUAUGCAUAAGGAAAAGGGUUUUCCUAAGGAUGAAGGCGCAGGAGGGCGAUGCCAUCGAUCCUUCCCUCUGCAUAUCGGACUCCAAUCGUCUCUUCAGCCUGGAGUCCCUCAAAGCUGUGUGGCACGGCCAUAAACUGGACUUUCUUAAAGCAGCGCAUCUCGGACACAGAGCGCCCAACACCGAAGUUGUUCAGCUGGAGGAUAAAAGGCGCAGCCGUAUCCUUGAUUACGCAAAGGACAAGAGACCGCUUAUCCUCAACUUUGGCAGCUGCACCUGACCACCGUUCAUGGCUCGUCUCAAGGCUUUCCAGGGAGUUGUGCAGCAGAAUGCAGACAUCGCAGACUCUGUAGUAGUGUACAUCGAGGAAGCGCACCCUUCCGACGGCUGGAUGAGCACUGACGCGCCAUAUCAAAUCCCCAAACACCGGUGUCUGGAGGACAGGCUGAACGCUGCGCAGCUGAUGCACCUGGAGGUACCCGGCUGCCUGGUCGUGGCGGACAGCAUGGAAAACUCCUCCAACGCUGCGUACGGAGCUUAUUUCGACAGGCUUUAUAUACUGCAGGAUGGAAAGAUAGUUUACCAGGGUGGCAGAGGACCUGAGGGGUAUCGGAUCUCAGAGCUUAGAGACUGGCUGGAUCAAUACAGACAAAGGCUGGAACAGUCCAGUAAUCUGGUUAUUAAGGUGUAGAUUAAUUUUCAUCUGUUUAGAGCUGCUAUACAAUACAAGCAAUGCUGCCAUUUCCAGUAUAAUAACUCCAGUUAGAUUUUCCCGUCAUUUACGAUUUAAUUGUAUUUCUUUUUUUUAUGGUCGUGUCAAGUAAUUUGUUCCACAUUGUAAAAUGUACUGUACUACAGUAGCCUUUUCAUUUCAUAUUGAACUUUUAUAUAUCCUGUUAGGAUCCACUCACAAAAGGUUUGGACCUUGUUUGUUUGUGAACAGAAGUAUGUUGUGUGUCCAAAGUUCUGUCUGUUUGUUCUUGUGUAAAUGCGCCUUUAAUGAAUCGGUCAGGAUGUUGAGUAAUGUGCAUCACUGUGCUCGUCAGUAUUGUCGUGAAGUUCGGUUUUUAAACGGAAUGAAUCCAGAAAACCGACACUGAUGUUUUUCAUACUGGAGAUCAUGGUGAAGAUGCUCCUCUCUGCCCUGCGUUGCCCGGCACUUUUGUAACCAUUGUACCGUUUAAUGGAUAUAUUUUUUCAUA